GUGGAAAAUCGUAAGUAUCUAAUUUAUAAAUUUUAUUUAGUAUACAUGUUUCCAUGUUUCCAUGUUUAUAAUUAACACUUAUUCAAAUUGUUGUUUAGUUUCUCUCCGAGUAGGCCAGCUGCACAGUGUGUAAAACAUGUGAUUCAACAAAUGUAUAAAAAAGCUUGGAAGUCAUUCAAAGAACUUUCCAAGGAUGAGAAAGAUGAAUGGUUUGAUAAAUUUAAGGAAAAGUGUACGUGGAAUGUAAUGGAUGAAUAUAUGAUUAGAAAAAAUUAUCGGGGAAGAACAUCUGUCCGACUUUCUGACAUGCUUAGGCGUGUCAGACUUGAUUGGGAAGAACGAAAUAUUCGUCCCAACUGGAUAGGCAAGGAAGUAUUUGACGAACUUCUUGCCUAUUGGGCUACCGAUAAUUUUAAAGCUAAAUCUCAAAAAGCAAAAGACAUGAGAGCAUCCGAAAGGGGGGGUUGCCUUAAUGCUACAGGAAGUAUAAGCAUUGGAGAACAUGCAAAACGGAUGACUAAGGCACAAGGAAGACCCCCCCGACUUAAUGAGUUGUUUGUGAAGACCCGUACAAAAAAAUCGGGGGAUUUGGUUGAUGAUCGGUCGAGAAGAACUAUAGUAAGUUGUUUCUAUUUUAUUUUUUUUUGUUAAAAUUCUAUCAAUUUUGUGGCGUGAAUUUCACGUGGUAAUAAUGUUUGUGGCAUGAAUUUCAUGUGGCAACAAUAUAUGUGGGAUUCUUUUCAUGUCACAACUGUAUCUAAUUAUUUUAUUUGUUGUAUGUGUAGGAGGAG